GCACACGAUGCUCUGCAAAAUUUCGCUCUUUCGUCGUAUGAAUAAUUUUCGAGAAUCAGAUGUUUUCAGAAUCUAGAAGCUAGAGUUGGAACCCUAUUCUAGAUUUUUCUAUUGUCCCCAUCAAUCGUAGUGUUUGGUAUUUUUGUAUUGCAUUUGAUUCACUGUCGAUUUUGAGCAAUCAUGACUUGGGUCAAUAGUAAUCAUCAAAUACGUAACACGUUUGCCUCUUUACUUAGACGGAAUGGAGAUGCAAUAACAGUAAACUCAGAUUGUUUGGAAUCCCUAGAAGAAAUCCUCAAGAAACUGAGCACCGAAGAUUCCAACCUUAGGACCUUUAGAAGAGCGAUCGGAUUCAGCAAGCACAUCCAGAGUGACCUUAUACCGUUGCUGGUUCACCUCAAAGAGAACAAGAAUGUAACCAACUCCCAAAAGAUAGUCAACUGUACCAUCAAACUUCUGGUUAACCUUACCAUCCCCACUGAGUACCUAUUACCACUGGAGGCCAUGGAAAGCAGCGACGUGGGUAAGCACAGCAUCUUCGAGCUCAACAGCCUCCUCAAGGAAAGUAAGGAAUCCUUUUCGGACAGUCGUAAUACAAAGGCUGUUUUGGACCAUAUAAAGCAGAUGAUGAACUGCGAGAGUCCUCUGACUCUGGAGCAGUGUGACAGUGUCAACGAUUGCUUGUUGCUGCUAAGGAAUAUUCUGCACGUCCCCGAAACUAGUGUUCAGGGCAACCAUUCGACCUUGCAAAAUCAGAUUGUGUGGAAUCUGUUCACGCAGAGCAUCGAUAAGAUCAUCAUCUUCUUAAUAACUUGCCCGGAAAAGAUCUGCUGGAGUGUCACGAUGGUUCAGUUGAUAGCUCUUCUAUACAAAGAUCAACACGUCGGUACCCUGCAGAAGUUAUUGAACCUAUGGUUGGAGGCUUCGCUCAGCGAGAGCUCUGAAGACAACGAGAGUAACACCUCUGCACCAUUUCAAGAUGACGGCGGUUCUUCGCAGUUCAUAACUUCUGAUCCUAAUUCAGACAGCAGUGAUACCAACGGAGGAAACGAGCUUGCCAAAACCACAGAUAACGGCUUGAAGGAGCCCAGGACUCUACACAGCAGGAAUAAAUCGAUCGCCGAGAUAAAGAGGGUUCAGUCCACGGAGACUGAGGCCAGUUCUAGCAGUGGCAUCUCUUCUAUGGUCAGUCAGUCGACCAGUAAUAAGUCCCAAACUUCCCUAUGGACUGACCAAAGCGUCAACUCGAAGAAGAGACCAUGUCCUUCUUCCAACAGCGAAAUAUCAGAUUGUGGUUACGGAACACAGGUCGAGAAUCAAGAAUUUGUAUCGACCUCCAGCAAUGAUGACGAUCAGCCAAGUCAGAAACCGGUUCAUCAAAAACCACACACUUUUCAGAAAACUAGAUACAUAUCCGGAAAAAAGGCAAUUACUGCCCUGGAAAAGAAGGAGCUUCGACGAAAGAAAUUGGUGAAACGCAGCCGUACCAACAUAAUCAACGUGAAAGGCCUGAUGCACCAUCUUCCUACUGACGAUGAUAUCUCCAACGUUCUGAAAGAAUUCACGGUGGACUUUCUUCUGAAAGGCUACGGAACCCUGGUCAAAGACCUUCAUACCCAGCUGGUGACCAAUAUUCACAUCCAGAUCGACACCUCCCAUUUCUUCUGGCUGGUAACAUAUUUCCUUAAAUUCGCAACUCAGCUCGAACUGGACCUGGAACAUCUGGUUCCGGUGUUAUCUUACGAAUUAUUGUCCUAUCUGGUAUUCCAAGGCGUUUGGAAUCUGGAGGAAUUCGAACUUAGGAGAAGAAUGGUCUACGUGGAUCUGAAACCAUCCCUGAGGAGGCUGCAUUUGGUUGUAACAGCCAUAAGGGAGUUCUUGCAAGCAGUCGACACUUAUCAAAAGAACCUUCAUCUGAAUGAGGAAGAUAAAGGCGUGUUACUUGGUUUGCAAUCAAAAAUAGUGGGAACUCAAGAGCUUGGAUCUUUCUUCCUUCUGUUACUGAGACACUACAACAACAAAUUACAAAGCAGACAAUAUUUGCAAGACUUAAUACUGACCAAUCAUAUUUAUCUCUUGUUUCUGGAUAGAGUUUCCAAGAUGAAGGACGUUAAACCCAAGUUUAGUUUGAUGGAACAUUUGAAUAAAUUUGCAGAGGUAGAAAUAAUGUGUCAGUAUGGAGUUCUCCUAGAAAACUUUAAAGAAAAUGGAGAAUACAUCAAUAACUGCAUCUUCACCAUGAUGCACCACAUAGGUGGUGACCUUGACAAUGUAUCCAUCUUGUUUCAGCCGAAUAUAUUGAAGACCUUCUCCCAAAUAUGGGAAUCGGAUUUCCACGUUUGCGACGAUUGGGCUGACCUCAUCGAAUAUGUCAUUCACAAAUUUAUCAACUCGCCAAGAAAGAACCAUUACCUUUCCGACAAAAAUCUAGAAAGUACUUCAGAUUCAGAGCAAUUGGAGUGUAAGGAAAAGGAGAAAAUUAAUCAAGGGUCCCAUGAAAGCGAGAAAAAUGUAGAGGUGGGCGACGAAAGUAAUAAGAAAUACAGCGAUAAUAACCUCAUGAGAUACAAAACGCAGAUUUCCAUAAUCAAAGAUCUGCUAUUGCAGAAUGUCAUCAGUGAAAAGCAAUAUAAGGAAUUCACCAAGAACGAAAAACCGGAAACGAAUAGAUCUCAGGCUGGAAGGAAAGAUGUGAAAAACGACGAAGAUAUAUCUGUGGACAAGGAAGUGGAGGCCUUGAGAAGUUACCUGAUCAAAGAGGGUAGGGAAAAGUAUAUCUUCUGGUUGCAGGACGUUCUCUUGGAAUUAUGCUACGCCAAACUAUUACUAGAAGAUCCUCAGAGAUUUGGAGAUGCCAGUACUACGGUAGAACCAACUGUCUACUAUAACUCUAUGUUGGAUCUACCAUUGCCUUUCAUUCACUGGACAACUGAACAGAGUAAUGCUUUAAAAUUUACACCUUUCGUUCUGUUAUUGCAUAAAUUGGGACUUCACCUGCCGGCUCACACAGGAAGACUAUUCGUCAGAAUACCUAACUAUUGGACAGUUGGAGUGAUUUAUGGAAAAGCCCAACAAUUGGGUCCUGUAAACAGAGAAAAAAUCAAGUUUGAUGUCAGUGUAUUCGAAGGUCCCAAUAAAAAAGAACCAGUUUAUUCCUUGAAGUUGGAAGAGAAUGGCACUGAGGACCAUAGCAAAUUUCUUUAUGAUUCGUCUAAACAAACACCCUACUUAUUUCGUUACACACCUUUGCCUAAUUCAAUGGAUUGGUCACCCAGGUUAUCUUCUGUUUCUACCGAAACAGAUACCAACUUAAAAAGACUUGACGAAUUAAAUAUCAUUACCGAAGAAGAGCCAAUGUACAUCAAUUCCUUUCCACAAAUGGAGAUAGCACCAUGUUUCAAGAACUCUACACUUCUUUCAAUAAUACCUUGUUCUACAGCUAACCAAGAGGUUGAUGGCAGUAGUAUAUGUGAUACAGCUUACUCAGGUCUUACUGGUAUGUGCGUCAGCGACGAAGAAAAUGUUGACCAUCUAUAAUACGAUUAAGUUGGUUACACUAGAAACUAUUUAGUCGAGAUCCAACUGAUUAUGUCCGUUUACACUGAAAGAAGUAAAACUAACAACUGCCUACAUAGAGAUACAGAUGCUUACAAACCCUGGUGUAGAAAUUCAUAUCUGAAAAUGUUUGGAACAAAAUACUGUUAUGGUACUCUAAAUUCAGUGAGUGCUUCAAUAAACUACAGUUAACCAUGGCCGAGGUGCCAAUAAAAAUUAUUGGUAAAUAAAGUUACGUACAUAAUGAGAAACAGUUUUCAAAAUUUAUACUUCUUUCUAAUAGUGAUAAUUGAAGUGUGUAGCACUAAUAAUCAAUAAGAUUUCUAAUCCAAUAGAAGACCUAGUUGACAGGAAAGUUGUUCCAUCUCAAAAGAUAUAAAAUGUAAAUAGAGAAAAAGAAAAGUAAAAUAUGAUUGUGCCAACUUCAGGGUUUAUAUAAAUCUCUGUAGAAAUGGGCCUAAACAAUUAUGUUUAGAUUCUUUAAGUUAAUGUACAGGUGUAUCAAUAGUGGAUGCUGAAUUAUCAUCAGUUCCAUAUAAUCUUAAGAUAAAGGCUGUUCUUUACACAUAAAGUGUUUGCAGUUUCUAUGAAAGUACAGAGAAAAUAAGUUUACUGAGUGCCAUUGAAAAAUCUGUACAUUUUUAUGUUUAUUUGUUAUAUGUAUUUUUUCAAUGAAUGUCAGUUCCUAUUUUUGGAAGAAUUCAAAAAAAACUUCAGAUAUUGUUAAAUUUCUUAUUUUGUUGUAUAGUUUUCUAAAAAAUAAAAAACUUAGUUGUUUGACUUUAGUUUA